CGGCGCGGGGGACGCUGGUGGCCAAGAUGGCGGCGGAACUGGUGGAGGCCAAAAACAUGGUGAUGAGUUUCCGAGUCUCCGACCUUCAGAUGCUCUUGGGUUUUGUCGGCCGGAGUAAGAGUGGACUUAAACAUGAACUUGUCACGCGGGCCCUCCAGCUGGUCCAGUUUGACUGUAGCCCCGAGCUGUUCAAGAAAAUCAAGGAGCUCUAUGAGACACGCUACGCCAAGAAGAGCUCAGAGCCUGUACCCCAACCCCACCGGCCCCUGGACCCCCUGACGAUGCACUCCACCUAUGAGCGGGCCAGCUCGGUACCCAGGACUCCCCUCACAGGCCCCAACAUUGACUACCCCGUGCUCUACGGGAAGUACUUAAACGGACUCGGACGGUUGCCUGCCAAGACCCUCAAGCCAGAAGUGCGCCUGGUGAAGCUGCCCUUCUUCAACAUGUUGGAUGAGUUGCUGAAGCCCACUGAGCUGGUUCCACAGAAUAACGAGAAGCUUCAGGAGAGCCCCUGCAUCUUCGCCUUGACCCCCAGACAGGUGGAGCUGAUCCGGAACUCCAGAGAACUGCAGCCUGGGGUCAAGGCCGUGCAGGUUGUCCUAAGAAUCUGCUAUUCAGACACCAGCAGCCCUCAGGAAGACCAGUACCCACCCAACAUCGCCGUGAAGGUCAACCACAGCUACUGCUCGGUGCCGGGCUACUACCCCUCAAACAAGCCUGGAGUGGAGCCCAAGAGGCCGUGCCGCCCCAUCAACCUCACCCACCUCAUGUACCUGUCCUCGGCCACCAACCGCAUCACUGUCACCUGGGGCAACUACGGCAAGAGUUAUUCCGUGGCCUUGUACUUGGUGCGGCAGCUGACCUCCUCAGAGCUGCUGCAGAGGUUGAAGACCAUCGGGGUCAAGCACCCGGAGCUGUGCAAGGCGCUGGUCAAAGAGAAGCUGCGGCUGGACCCUGACAGUGAGAUCGCCACCACGGGCGUGCGGGUCUCCCUCAUCUGCCCGCUGGUGAAGAUGCGGCUGUCGGUGCCCUGCCGUGCGGAGACCUGCGCGCACCUGCAGUGCUUUGACGCAGUCUUCUACCUCCAGAUGAACGAGAAGAAGCCCACCUGGAUGUGCCCGGUGUGUGACAAGCCGGCCCCUUAUGACCAGCUCAUCAUUGAUGGGCUCCUCUCCAAGAUCCUGAGCGAGUGUGAGGACGCGGACGAGAUUGAGUACCUGGUGGACGGCUCGUGGUGCCCAAUUCGCGCCGAGAAGGAGCGCAGCUGCAGCCCCCAGUGCCCCAUCCUCGUGCUCGGCACCUCGGACGCCAAUGGGCUCCUUUCUGCCCCCAGCGUCAACGGCGGGGGCGGCAGCAUGCUUGGGGGUGCAGGCAGCGGAGGCGGCCCAGUGGGCAGCGUGGAGAACGGGAAGCCGGGAGCUGACGUGGUGGACCUAACGCUGGACAGCUCGUCGUCCUCGGAGGAGGAAGAGGAAGAAGAGGAGGAUGAGGAGGACGAGGACGAGGAGGGCCCCCGGCCAAAGCGCCGCUGCCCCUUCCAAAAGGGUCUGGUGUCGGCCUGCUGACUGCUGGCCGCCGCUGCGCCAGCCGGACACUCGACUUUCCUGGUGCUCACCACUUGGAGGGGCACAGGCGGGCCUUGGGCACAGAGGGAGGAGUGAUUUUUUUCUUUUCUUUUCAUUGUUGUUCAUUUUGUUUUUUCCACCCCUUUCCCUGGCUCCUGGCACCUGUACCUCUGGACUCUCCCAUCAGAGGAUUAAAAAAAAGGAAAAUGACAAAAAAAAAAGUAUAAAAAAAGAAAAAACAAAAAGCAAACUGAAAAACAAGGCAAGCCACCCACACAGCCACUUCCCCGGCCGGUGUCGGAGCCCAAAGUCGGAGCCGACCCUGGGGAGGGUUGGGGGGAGGCCCAGGACGCCUUGACCCCCGACGACCAUUCCAGCUGGUGCGAGGGACCGGGUGAUGGGAGUUCAGGGAGGACCGGCAGCCAAGUGGGCCUCUCCCUGGCAGCGGUGGCAGCGGUGGCCACAACUCUUGACAUUCGUCUGUUCCUUUGCUUUCUCUCUCCCUGCUAAUGUGCUCUCCCGAGAGCCCAGAGCAGGGAGCCUCUUAGCCAA